GUUUCCAUAGCAACCGCAAACUGAGGAGCCAACGCUGUUAUGAAACUGCAGUGAAGAAGCUUUCUGGUUAAAAUGGAGCCUGAUGAACCUGGAACUUCGGGGGUUGCCACCAAAAUAAUGCCACUUGCCUUCCCCAAAGGAAAGGAAAAGUAUUGUGAACUUUGUCAAAGGGAAGCGUACAUACAGUGCAGCGAGUGUCAGGUCACUUUCUACUGUAAUGCAGAUCACCAGCAGGCUGACUGGGUGGGAAUCCAUGAAAGAAUCUGUCAGAUGCUUGUUCCCAUACGUGCUAUGAAAGAUAUCUACGAUCCGUCCGUCCGCAAGAAAAACCAGUUAAGAAAGAGACAUCUGAUCAAGAUUUGCACGUUGGUGGCUCAAAGCAAGCUGUCAGAGGGUAAAGGUGAAGAGGCACUUCCUGCUGCCCACUGCUGCCUGCAAACCUCCAUUGACCUAUACGGUCCCAAUACCAUCCAGCUCGUCCCUGCCUAUAUACUGUUGGCGGAGGCCAACAUGGGCCUGGGCAACUUAGCUGUUGUCGCAGAGCUCCUGUCCCAGGCUGAGUGGGCUGUACUGAAGAAUCCAGAAUUGGGCGCUUCAAUCCAACAGCAGCUACAUAGGAGCCUGGGCCAAUUCUAUACAACAACUGGAAACCUGGAAACCGCCCUGUUUCACUUUGCAAAUGAUAUUUACUUUGCCUGUGAGGAGUAUGGUUUAGACAGCUCUGCCACCACAAAGGGAUACUUUCUAAUCGCUGAUGUGUUUGCCAGACAGGGGAAGACGCUCAUUGUUCACUCCCUGUACUCUGAGGUGGCAGAAAGGUGGCACAAACAUCUAAGCAGUCUACUAGAGACCCACCAGAAACAUGCUGACUCAUCUGUUGACUCAUCUGUUUCCUUUUACGAAAAGUCCCAGCGAGUUGAAAUGGAGGAAAUGCUGAGAGUCAUGUUGGAGUUCGAACAAAAACAGUCCAGAAGAGACGUCAAUCAUAUUGCACUUAUUGCCCACAACCUCGCCAUGUUGUGGUUCGUCAGCGGAGACCUUCACAAGGAAAGAUUUCUGAAGAAAGUCCUCCUUGCUGCUGCUGGGAAUAGAAUGAAAGCAUGUUCCAGACGCUUUUUCAGUUCUACAACAAUUUGUUCUUUUCUACGCAAAUCCGACUUUGUGCUACUACAACAUUGCAUGUUUGGACGGCACUAAGGAGUAUGAAUAUAUUUGCAAGCCACCAUUUACGAUGCCUUUAUAAUAUCACGUGAUAAUAUCAUCUUCAACAUUUUAAACAAACAAAACAUACUUCCGUUGCAACAUUAACUGUUUUUGAGUAAAAAAAGAAACAUUUUAGGUGGCUGGCCUCCGCCCACCACCAACAUGCAAUAGGAACUGAACUGUGGAAUGUUGGUGGGACGUCCGUACAUGAACAGCUUGUUUCAAGUCCAUCUACUACAUUCCUGUCGGAUUAAGGUCAGGACAUUGACUUGGGUCUCGAAAAACAAUAACUUUACUCUAAUAUUUUUGAAAAUGCCUUUUGUGAUUAUGAACGUUCUCUUGUUGCGUGACCCACUUUCUCCUGCAAUUCAUGUUACAGAUAGUGUGGUGAUCCUUGUGUAUUUCAUAAUUCAUACAUAAUCUUAUAAUCAGUCAUAUCAACUUGAUUACAGGUAUAAAAGAGCCAGGCACAUCAGGUUGUCAUUAGGGUAUUUAAAGUGGGUUAAAUGAGGCUGAAUGUGCUGUCCAGUUUCAGUGACAUCAUUAUAUAAGUCAGCUUUGCUCUCCCAAGAGACUCUGACAGCUGUUGGGCUUGUGCUUGUUUCCGUGCCAGGCUCAGGAUUUUGCCAGCACAGCCCUGCAGGCCAGCAUGCAGAUACCAAAACAUAAACUGACAGAACCCAUCCAGGAGCUGCUGCAGCAGGU